CCAUUGAAUUUCGCAAAGAUUAGAUGAAAUUUGAUUGUGUUGCGAAGCAAUAUAUCGUGAUCGCACGAUGCUCACGCCGUGUUGUUCUUAUUUCUAAUAAUACUUACGGGACAAAAAUGGUAACAAUUCCACAAUAUACAAGAAAAUCGCAAAUUUUCGUGAUUAUUAAUUAUAGUUAAAACGUGUGUAUCGAUUAUUUCUAUUUUACAACAGAGCUAAAUCUCUAUCUGACUUUUUGAGAUAAUACAUUAUUAUUUUACUAGCCGAGUGACAGGAAAGAUUUUGUCCUUCUUGAAGGUUUAUGUUAACAAUAAAAUCGAUUGAAAGUUCUUUAAAACUAGUAAAAAUAUUAUUUAUUUUUUAGAUGUAUUUUAUUUAUCCAUAUAUUCAUUCAUUUUAAUUCAUGUGAAAAUCAUUUCGUAAGUAUUUUUCUUUUAACUUUAAUUUACAUAAAAAUAAUGAUUUAUCAUUACAAUUGGAGUUCUUCCAUCUUUUGAUUCUAAGAUGGUAAAUAGAUUGUAAAAUCCUAUAUUAGGUACAUAUUACCAAAACAUUUCAUUCAUUAAAAUGAACAGAAUAGAAGCAUAUAUAUUGCAUUGCAAAUACAAGUCAAGAUGUUGCCACAAAUACUAGAAUAUAUUAUGUGAUUUUCAGGUAUCUCGUCAACUAUAAUUCGUAUUCUGUUUAAGUUUCUCUGUGUAAUUAAUUAUUCUUAAAUACAUGUUAAAAUUUAGAAAACCGUGUUAAAAUUCUACUGACACUAUAUAACACGAUUAUUAAUAUGAUUCAUAAUUGUAAUCCCAAUCAAUACUACAUCAUAACUGAAUUAUCUAAUCUUAAUUCUUAAGAUUUCUUAAGAUUCCUUAAAAAAUCUGUCGAUCAUUGGCUUUCUUAUAUAGAAGUGGGGUUAUAUAAUUAAAAAUAGGUACAUAUAUAUAUAAAUUCACGUUGAAGUGAUGUCAAAUCAAGUUUCAUGGAUUAGUGAACACGUGUACAAUGGCAUUAAGAAUUUUGUGUCUCCUCAGCUUUCUGAUAUUUUCUCAUGCUGGAGUUCUUCCACUUUUUGAUAACAGAAUCGUAAAUGGUGAAGAUACUAAGUUAGGUGAAAUCCCAUAUCAGGUAUCUCUUCAAACCGAAUAUUCUUCCUUCCAUUUCUGUGGUGGCUCAAUCUUGAAUGAUAACUAUGUUAUUACGGCAGCUCACUGCGUUGAUGACAAAGACGCUAAUGACAUAAAAGUUGUUGCUGAUACUAUCGACUUAAAUAAACCAAAAUCGCAGCAUAAAGUCACAAAAAUUAUUGUGCACGAGGAAUAUGACUCAUCUAAUUCCUGGAUUAACGAUAUUGCUUUACUGAAGGUAAAAAUUCCCUUUGUAAUAUCUGCCACCGUUGCAUACGUGUCUUUGCUACCAAAAGAUUACGUAGUUAAGGCCAACGAUAUUGCUGUUGCGUCGGGAUGGGGAGAUAUCGUGGAGAACGGGCCGAGCACUAAUAAGUUACAACGAGUCAAUAUUCUCAUCGCUGAUCAAGAAUCCUGUAGGUCCAUAUACAAGAAAGAAGGAUAUAAUGUCUAUCCUACCCAAAUUUGCGCAUACGACCCAUCAGUUGAGAAAGGAAUUUGCAACGGUGAUUCUGGUGGCCCGUUGACUGUCAAUGGAAAACUCAUUGGACUUGUAUCCUGGUCACUAGGUUGUGCCAAAAUCAAAUACCCCGCCGUUUAUACACGCGUUGUGUCUUAUCUAGAUUGGAUUGAAAAUAAUGCAAUCUAAACAAAUCCUAUUCAUGUCCACAACUAUAACUCGUACUCUCCAUAAUUUUUAAAUUAUUGAUUCUUAAAUCUCCGAAAAAAAUGUUUCUUUUGAUGUAAAGUAUGAUUUGAUUAUAUAUGAAGAAUUUUUAAAAAAAUGAUGAAUUGAGCCUGCUCAUGGCAAAAAUUGUCUCUUAUCUAGAUUAGAUUGAAAAUAACGCAGUCUAAAACAUUCCAAUUUGUUUUUAACUAUAAUUUAAACUCUGCUCUUUGUACUGUAUAUAAUUAUUGUUUAUAAUUAUCAAUUCUUUAAACCAUGGAAAGGAUUUUUUGAUAUAAAAAUGACAAUGUUAAGUUUUACACAAAUAUAGAGUUGUAUAUAAUAAGCACACUAAAAAUUCUGUACACAUCUUUGAUGACAUAAAUAUUAUUGAUUUAUUAAAAAAAAACUGAUAAGUUUAAUUUACUCGAGGACAGGAAAUUAAGGAUUAAUUUCUUUUUUCUUUUUCGCGUGACACAAGUCUAUCACAAAUUAAAUUUUUCACAAAAAUUUCGAUAUAAAGUUAAUGGAUAGCGCAAAAGAUCAGAUAAGACUUGGCUCUGUCGUUUAAUCAAUACACCGUAAUUGCGCAUUACUCUUGUGUUGUUGUUAUAUUGAUACUUGGCAGAGCGGAAACGUCGAUGCACAAUCUUUUAAUCUUUGCGAACAA